AUCGAAGCUCCCCCUUCAACCUCGCGCAGGUCUACUGCUAAAGACCAUCCUAUUUAGCUGUAAAAAAGCCGGGAAAACAGCGAAAUUCAUGUUCACAAACCCAUUCUUUCUAAAGAGACAGGGGACCCACAUCUGGAAACGAUGUUUAAGACAGUGUAAUUUUAUUCAAUGGCACAAAAGGACACUCACAGUACAAAGUUUUUCGCCUCUUCGGCGGCUAUACACGAAUUCAGCAUUUCCAACUAAUUCCAACACUCUGAGACAGGACCUCGCGUUUCUGGAGGAAAGAGCAAAUGCAGAUCUGUAUGACUCCUCUGAGCAGGCUCGUUUUUAUGAACGGAUUGUAGAUAUAUACCCGGAGGCUGUGAUUAAACGUUACGAAACAAAAGGUGUUGCGAGAGAUGCCGAUUGCGACCGGCUAUAUUCGCUCGCACUGCUGAAGAAGGCUCACAGUCUUGCACCUGAAAGCUUUCUUUCCAACACUGCUGCAGCAGUGAACUCUGCCGAAACAUCGCCUCACUCCUACCGCUCAUUGCCUUUUUCAAAGAUGGCUGCUCCUUAUGGGUCUGCUGCAGCUGCUACUACUGGAACCGCUUCCGCUAAUCCCAUUGACGGUACUGCCACGAACAACACACUGGGUUCUAACCCUGCACCAGCCAAAGGGCCCGUCUCAAGCGUGCUGCAUUCGCAGUCGACACCUUCUCUUGCUAUUCACACCUUGCCAGCGACCACUUUGCCCCUGGGUUCUGACAAAAAACAUCCUCUAUUUGUGGUGAUGGACGAGUCUCGAUUUGCCAAAGUCUUUCGUGUGGUUCGUUUUCUCGUCGGUGUGGGUUUUAUUACCUAUGUUGCCUUAGUCGGUAUGAGCAUUCUUGCCGAAACGUCUGGCGUUAAUAAUCUCAUCGGGAACAACCCCGAGAUUGAACCGGCCGAAGAACGGUCGGUGGACGUUCAUUUCUCCGAUGUGCAAGGUGUCGAUGAGGCCAAGGAGGAAUUAGAAGAAGUGGUAGAGUUCCUGCGCAAUCCCACUGAGUUCACCCGUUUGGGUGGAAAACUUCCUCGAGGUAUUCUUCUUACAGGCCCCCCGGGUACUGGUAAAACGAUGCUGGCUCGGGCGGUAGCCGGCGAAGCUGGCGUGCCUUUCUUCUUUAUGAGCGGCAGUCAGUUUGAUGAAAUGUUUGUUGGUGUGGGUGCUAAACGUGUUCGUGAGCUCUUUGCUACUGCUCGCAAGCAUGCUCCUUCCAUUAUUUUUAUUGAUGAACUCGAUGCCAUUGGACAAAAACGUAAUGCUCGCGAUGCUGCACACAUGCGUCAGACGCUGAACCAGCUUCUUGUCGACCUGGAUGGUUUUUCAAAAGACGAAGAUGCUGCGCAUCCAGUCAUUUUCAUCGGUGCUACCAAUUUCCCUGAGAGUCUGGAUCCAGCACUUACACGUCCUGGUCGUUUCGACCGGCAUGUCCAUGUACCUUUGCCAGACGUACGUGGCCGAAUGGCUAUUUUGCGCCAUCAUACACAAAACGUGCCACUAUCUGAAGAUGUUGACCUCAGCGUCAUUGCCCGUGGAACAUCUGGAUUUGCUGGUGCUGAUUUGGCUAAUCUCAUCAACUUUGCUGCCAUUCGUGCAAGCCGGCUACACUCUAGAUAUGUCGGAAUGUCUGACAUGGAGUGGUCAAAAGACAGAAUAAUUAUGGGUGCAGAACGGAGAAGCGCCUUUAUUACGCCCGAGUCCAAAAUGAUGACUGCUUACCACGAAGGUGGACAUGCGCUGGUCGCUCUGUUUACACGCGGUGCUAUGCGACCGUACAAGGCUACGAUUAUGCCGAGAGGCAGUAGCCUGGGCAUGACCGUUUCAUUGCCUGAUAUGGAUAAAGACAGUUGGACUCGAGGCGAGUACAUGGCCAUGAUGGAUGUGGCUAUGGGCGGAAGAGCUGCAGAAGAGUUGCUGUACGGAAGAGAUAACACAACCUCUGGUGCCCACAAUGACAUAGAGAAGGCCACUCAAAUUGCCCGUAAAAUGGUAACUGAGUUUGGCAUGUCUGAUCGUGUGGGACCGGUGAGUUUGGAAACUGAGUUCAGUGAUCUUUCACCAGCUACGAAAGCGGUAGUUGAGGCUGAAAUCAAGUCUCUCUUGGAAGGGUCUUACGAACGUGCAAUGCUGUUAUUGAAAACUCAUAAAAAAGAACUUGAAACGCUGGCACGAGCUCUCGUAGAAUACGAGUUCCUCACAGCAGAUGAAAUGCAACGAGUCAUGAAAGGUGAGGACCUCUCGCGGACGCCAAUUGACUAACCAUGUCUGCCCUCUUUCUUUUUCCCUACUAAUGGCGCGGUGGCAUUGUCCGCUAUUAGAGUCUGCGUUUUUCUCUCUGUUACCGCGUUUCCUGUACUGGUUUAUUUUGACGUUUUCUUUUUGGUAGAAAUCGAUGGGCAGGCGUCGAUUAAUUCACCAAUGCAACCAAUCUCUUUUACCGAAUGACCUUCAUUUUCCUUGAUUUUUUUACUUACCUCUUUCAAUUCCAUCUCCCUCCCGCUACCGUGUUAAACUUUGUCUUGGAAAAUUACUGCUGAUGUAUUAAGGGUAAUAGAACUAAAGUGUUAAAAAAGUUGUACGUUGCUGUAUAGACGUAAAGGAUGUUGUUAUGCGGACAGUACAAAAAACUG